AUGCCGAAGAUAGCAAUGGAAUUACGUGUUGGCGGGAAGUAUCGCGUUGGACGAAAGAUAGGUUCGGGAUCAUUCGGAGAUAUCUAUCUCGGCACAAAUAUCAAUUCGGAUGAAGAAGUCGCGAUUAAACUCGAAUAUGUUCGUACCAAACAUCCACAAUUGCAUAUUGAAUCAAAAAUCUAUCGUAUAAUGCAAAAUGGAGUAGGAGUUCCAUCGGUAAAAUGGUUUGGAGUCGAAGGAGAUUUUAAUGUUCUGAUUAUGGAUCUACUCGGACCGUCAUUAGAAGAUCUAUUCGUGUUCUGUCAAAGAAAAUUCUCUUUAAAAACUGUUCUCAUGUUAGCUGAACAAAUGAUCAACCGAGUGGAUUUCAUACAUUCAAAAAAUUUCAUCCAUCGAGAUUUAAAACCCGAUAAUUUCUUGAUGGGUCUCGGUCGAAAAACGAAUUAUGUUUAUAUCAUCGACUUCGGUUUAGCAAAGAGAUAUCGAGAUACUCGUACACAUCAACAUAUUCCUUAUCGAGAAGAUAAGAAUUUAACAGGUACUGCACGUUAUGCUUCAAUCAAUACACAUCUCGGUAUCGAACAAAGUCGUCGUGAUGAUCUGGAAUCGCUUGGUUAUGUGUGGAUGUAUUUCAAUCGCGGUAGUCUUCCGUGGCAAGGUUUGAAAUCUGUCAGUAAACGUCAAAAAUACGAACGAAUCAGUGAGAAGAAGAUGUCUACAUCACCUGCCGAACUAUGUAAAGGUUUUCCAGCGGAGUUCUCGUCGUAUCUUACCUACUGUCGUUCAUUACGUUUUGAUGAUAAACCUGAUUACUCACAUUUACGAGAAUUAUUUCGUAAUUUAUUCCAUCGACAUGGCUACACUUACGAUUAUCUCUUCGAUUGGACCAUGCUCAAACCUCGUUAG